AAAUCCACACCCAAAACUCACUCCAAGCCUCGGUACCAAUUAUGGAGGCUUUACACUUCACCCUUCUCUUACUUUGCUCCUUGACCCUAGUUCACUCGAUAAGCCCAAAUUGUUACUCAACUAGCCAAGGGUCAACCCUUAGGGUCUACCAUGUGUCGAGCCCAUGCUCACCAUUUAGACCAAAGACACCACUCUCAUGGGAGGAGAGUGUGCUUCAAAUGCAGGCCGAUGACAAAACCAGACUCAGCUUCUUGACGAGCCUGGUUGCUGGCCGGUCUUUUGUGCCUGUUGGGUCGGGCAGACAAAUCAUUCAGAGCCCGACCUACAUUGUCAAGGCCAAUAUCGGCACACCGGCUCAAAGCCUGCUUAUGGCUUUGGACACCAGCACUGACAUGGCUCUGGUUCCUUGCGCCGGAUGUGUCGGUUGCUCGUCCGCCACCUUUGACUCUACCAAGUCAAUUAGCUACUCUUCACUUGCUUGCGGUGCCGAUCAAUGCAAACAAGUACAAAGUACGGGUUGCCUCGGGACAACAUGUUUCUUAAACAUAACAUAUGGAAACUCUAUCAUCCAGGCUAACUUGGCGCAAGACAACCUAACCCUGGCCACUGACUCUGUCGUUGGCUACCCUUUCAGUUGCAUUCAGAAAACAACCGGCAGUUCUUUACCACCACAAGGUGUUUUAGGCCUUGGUCGUGGUCCAUUGUCAUUUGUAUCCCAAUCUAAGACACUUUACCAAUCCACAUUCUCAUAUUGUCUGCCUAGUUUCAAAUCUUCAAAUUUUUCGGGGACACUAAGAUUAGGUAAAAAUGGACAACCCAUUAACAUUAAAUACACACCGUUGCUUGUAAACCCUAGAAGAACAUCGCUUUACUAUGUGAACUUGGUCGGAAUUAAAGUUGGCUCGAAGGUUGUCAACAUCCCCCCAAGUGCAUUAGCUUUCAACCCAAAUACCGGUGGUGGCACCAUCAUCGAUUCAGGCACGGUGUUCACUAGGCUGGUGGACGGAGCCUACACGGCGGUGAGAGAUGAGUUCAGAAGGCGGAUGGGAAAAGCCGUCGUAUCGACACUAGGCGGCUUCGACACUUGCUACACUGUCCCAAUCGGAAAACAAGUCCCGACAAUGACCUUCAUGUUCCCCGGACUCAACAUGUCGCUGCCACAAGACAACUUCCUCAUCCACAGCUCCUCCGGCUCCACCACCUGCCUCGCCAUGUCUUCCUCGCCGGCGCUCAAUGUCAUCGCCAAUAUGCAGCAGCAGAACCACCGCGUUUUGUUCGACUUACCAAAUUCCAGGCUGGGAAUAUCACGUGAGAUCUGCUCGUGAAUCACGUGACUUGUGGUUUCUUGUAAUUUGUCUUGUUAUGUAAUAUUUAAGCUUAAAUUGUACUAUUACUAUUAUUCACUAUGCCUAUGGAGGUGACUACUUUUAAAAGAAGAUUUGCCGGAAUCAAGCAUGGGACCAUGAGUAUGUUUUUUUAUUAAUCGUGUAAUCUUUUUCUAAUGGAUUAAGUUUAUAAAAUAUAAGUUUCAGAAUA